AGUUAUUCAGUUCUGUGUAUAGAGGCGCGACGCUUACACGUCUUCCUCUUGAUAAUAAAUCCAUUAAAUAUUGUCAGCGCGAAGGAAAAAAAUAGUUUGAUUAAGUUUCGGCCGGUUUCAUUGCGAAUUCGUGUAAACAAAAUAUUAAUUUCUGUGUUUAUAUUUGUGUUUUAAAACUGAAUGAUUCCUUGUGAUAAUCGCGGCGACGUUCGUUCUACCUACGAUGCGUGGUGGUUUGUUGAGAUGGCGCUCGUUGUGGAUCUGCGGAGGAGCGCUCUUAGCGCUUUCCGCGUUCGUCGCGGCCCUGACGUGGGGCGCGAUCUUCGAUUCAGCCUUCGGUUCUCAACUGGCGCUGAUACCUGACUCUAGGUCGUUCAUGAGGUGGCUAGAACCGGACGUGCCCAUAUUCUUCGAUAUAUACAUGUUCAACUGGACCAACCCUGAGCGAUUCCCGGAGGAAAAACCAAAUUUUGAAGAAAUAGGUCCUUACCGUUACCAGGAGCAUAGACGUCACGUGAAUAUCUCGUGGCACCCAGAGAACGGCACGAUUGGGUACAGGACGCUUCGCAGCUGGGUGUGGGACGAGUCCAGCGUUGGGUCACAAGACGACAUUAUCACAACCAUUGACGUUAUAACCGCUUCAGCGAUUUACCAGGCGAGGUUCAGUGGAUUUAUCGAACAGAAGCUCGUGUCUUUGACCCUGACGAGCUCGCAGCACACGAAGGUGUCCGUAACGGCGAGAGCCAGUGAGUUCCUCUUCGAAGGCUACGAGGACCCGCUCUUGAACCUGGCCAAGCUGAUGCCAGCCAGUGUUAGAGGAGGUGCACCAGCUCUGGAUCGAUUCGGCUGGUUCUUCUCUAGGAACAACACGGAUACUGACGGCUACAUGGAAGUGACUUCGGGGACCCGGGACGGACUUCCCGGCCAGAUCUUGAGAUGGAACUAUCAGGAUCACAUACCGUUUUACGACGGCGAAUGCUCCAAGUUAUCAGGAAGCGCUGGCGAGUAUAUCCCGAGGAACCUGACUGAGGACUCGAAGCUGACGAUGUACGUGCCCGAUCUCUGCAGAACCGUUAACAUGGAGUUUGUGGAGAGUGGGGUUCAAAACGGACUGAAAUACAACAAAUAUGAAGUCAACGAGAGAAGCUUUGAUAACUCGUCGACGUCGCCGGAGAACACGUGCUUCUGUAAGGGCGAGUGCGCGUGGGGGGGCGUCAUGAACGUGUCGGCGUGCCGCUUCGGCUCCCCCGCCUUCAUCACCCUGCCGCACUUCCUGCACGGAGACCCCGCCCUGCUGGACCAGGUCACCGGCAUGAACCCGGAUCCGGACAAGCACUCGUUCUAUUUCGCUGUCGAACCUAAACUGGGCGUCCCCAUAGACGUGGCGGGCAGGUUUCAGUUCAAUGUCUACGUGGAGCCGAGCGACCACAUCACAUUGUAUGAGAACAUGCCACGGAUGCUGUUCCCGGUGUUCUGGGUGGAACAGAAGGCCAAGAUCGAUCCAAAAAUCAUUUCGGAGCUGAGGACGGUACGCGGUAUCCUGGACUGGGGCCCGACCUUCUGCGCUUGCUUCGCCGUCGUGAUAGCGUUGCUGGUGACCGCCAUCACGUGCUGCACCAAGCGAACAGAGUACACGCGGCCCCACGACCUCCUCAAGCCCUACGAGAAGCCCAAAGACGAAGCGGAAAUGAAACUGAAUCCUAUAUGAGGGAAUUUAGAAUUUACAUAUAUGUGUCUUUUUUUUAAUGUUGUAAAGUUCUAUUUUGUAAAAUUCGUUUGAGCUCACAGAAUGAACGUUGAUGCAUUCAGGUUAAUAAGCGCAGGUCAAAAUCUGGCCUCGGAUUUAAGAGGUAUCAGGCUCGGAAUGAGCAGUAUAAUAUGUCAUUAUCUAAAUACUUUGAUUCAACAAAUAAUACUCAAAAAAAUUCGAUUGGAAAAUGAUUGCAAUGAUUUUUUUAAAUCCAGAAUCAAUGCUCUAUUAUUAUAACAUUUAAUAUAUGUCAAAUUGUCUGUACUAAUGUAAUCUAUGAUGCCUUUGAGAUGAGAGUUGAGGUCCCAAAGUAAUGAACAUUUUCCAAAUAAGAUAUGACCUAAAGGUCUUAGUUACCAGGUUAUAAAAUCCCUUAAAAAAGAGAGUUGAGGGUUAGCCACAGCCGUGACGUCAUCAUCACGGUUUUGGUGGCAAUCUUCUAAAAUGUCAUUUUUAAUACAUACAAUUUAUUUGUAAAAUAUUAAGACAAUCUUAAAAUCGUUUUAAUUUAAAUUUUCCUUUAAAUUAAUAACAGUGUUGAUUAUAAUAUUAUUUUGAACUUUAUUUAUGUAAUUCAUGGAUGUAGGUAUAGGUAUAAUGUGGAAAGUGUUCAUGAGCACUCACGCUUAGAGCAGACUUUGGUUAGCAAUGGCUAACAUUAUUUUUUUUGCCAAAAUGACUUUUUUCCAAUCCAUACAUAUUUGCGGGUGUGCACAAUAUUUGACAUUAUUUAUGGAAUGAGUUGUGUAAAAAAGAAUGAUAAAGCCUGUCAGUGCUUUUUUUAGGUCUAAAGCUUACAAGCACUUGAAGCCUGGCCGAUUUUUAACUAGAGUCGGAACAUCUAAAACAUAAAAUCGAAUUUCAUAAAUAAGUGCUUGCUAUAUUGCAAAGAUUUGUAUUUGAUUACAAUAUUUUAUAAGUUACAAACAGUUAAGGGGUGAUUUCAAGUCAUGUAGUAUUGCCAGAAAGAAAAAUAUAUGCCUCGUCUCCAAACGUAUUUCUCAAACAUUAACUUAUCUACCUACUUUUGAUUAGCCAUUGGAAUGAGUCCGUAUGU